GGGUAUUCUUCAUUCAAAGGGACCUUUGCCAUCAGCCAUUCUCUCCCAAAACACAGCCAAAAUACUCCCAAAAGAGCCUCUCAAGAAUCCUUGUUCGUUCAGCAAAAAGAAGCCACCGGAAUCCAAAGAAAAUUGCCGGAAAACAAACCGUUUUCCGGCGACCAUCCACCCAACCUAGCCCAAACCUUGAAUUGAACACAUAUCCCACAUGCUUUCGACCUCCCGAGUCCAUUGGUGGUGUUAGAUUUGUCGUUUGAGUCUCCUAGCUACCCGAACUAGACCAGAACAGAAACAGGCGCAGAGACCGGUUCAGUGGGCAGUCCUUUGUCCCGUGCCUAUUUUUAAACCGAACCUUUCUUGAAAAUCUAACUCGAGCAAACCCUUAUAAACUUCUGAAGGAUCAUUCCAGAGGAAGGAGACCUCAAACAAAGCUUUAAAACUCAUUCAAAACAAGAAAACCAAAACCGGAUUGAAAAAAGACAGUUUUUGGUACUUACCGGUUUUCUUGCUUUUCGGGUUAGCGCAGGUCCCCGCACGUCCCGAGUCACCCAUAGACGUCACAAGCACCCUCUUGGGAGGUGCCACAAGUCAGGCCAGUUCAAAAAGCCGACCGGAGCCACCAGUUCAAGCCGGCCAAAGUUGGGUGGUUCUCUCGGGUGAACAGUAUCCGACCGGUUCAACACCACUUCUUGCCGGUUUUCAGCAACUAUCCCGACUUAUUUUCGACCCUUGAGGCCAGGGAUGUCGCAUUCAGUUGCCUGUCCGCACCUCGAAAGAAUCACGCCACCUCUCGAGGAAAUUACUCAGAUAUGGACAACCCUGCGCCAAAUCGAUCGGGACUACAUCACCUCUUUCAUCGGAGACAUACCUCUGUUGGCCACCCGGAGCAUUGAUUGGAACUUCCUCGAAGCAGCCAUUACUUUUUGGAACCCGGAUCAUGGUGUUUUCAACAUCCAGGGUAAUGAGCUCACACCCACAAUCGAGGAAUAUCGCACCCUCUUCGGUCGCACUGUGUCUGCUAACGAUAUCAUAAAGCCCAACUUCUGCACAACUCGACCUACUUUGGUUUCGCGCCUACUCGGGGUCCGCACCUCUCACUUGCAUGCAGAACUCGCAUAUCCAGGGGGUACGGAGAUAGCAAUCGAGAAACUUAUUCUUUUCAUUAAAACCCGGGCAUGCAAAGUUCAAGGGAAUUUUAUUCGGAAAGAUUUAUGCCACGCUUUCUUACUGUCAAUUUUUGGGACCAUUCUGUUCCCUCGUUCGCGUGCUUUAAUCGACGCGGCAUUGGCUAGCGUUGUCCUCCAAGUGGCCGGAGGACACGGGUAUGAGGUGGCCCUUGUAACCGAGACUAUCCGGUCCCUCGACCAUGUAUUGAAAACACACGACCGAAGGAUAAGAGGAUCCCCAAUCCUUUUGCAAAUUUGGCUUCAGAGUCAUGCAUACCCCUUUGGUCUUGUACGCCCGGUUAUGUAUUUUGCAAAUCAAGAAUCAAUCAUUUCUCGAUUGCUACCUUUUGUGCUAGUGGAAGAACGCAAGAUUAAUGAGUGGAUGAAGGUUUUUCGCGAGAUCUCUCCUAGGAGCUUUAAGUGGCGUGCCGCGUGGAUGCCACCCGGACCCAUGGCUCUCAAAUGCGCCAAUUUUAACGGAAUCCCACUCAUUAGUCAUGCGGGGUCCACCACUUACUUCCCGUCGCGGGUAAUGAGGCAGCUCGGUGGUUUACAGACAAUCCCCGAGGACAUGGCACGAACCAAGUUCGAAUACACUUGGCGGGAGGACCAGAAGUUCGUAGAUCGUCAAAGUGAGAUCGAACAGGCAUUGGCGGCAUGGCACGCCAUAAUUACUGAGCAUCCAUAUUUCCCUGAAUUCCCCACUCAGGAUGAGCAAGACUUCCAGGCUACGGAGGAAUACAUCUUGCACUUCCACCGAUGGGGUCCUCCUGCGCAAGAUGAUACGUCACAACCCGCGAAUCAGACGUCACCUGGAGCACCUUCCGUGGCUGUUCGGAUCGAACUUGCUAGUCUCAGGGCUGAAAGAGAUUCCCUUCGCCGACAAGUUGCAGAGAAGGAUGAACAAUUCACUGACCGACGCCAACUCCAGAAGGAGCUCGCUCAGGCCCGGGCAGAACUGCAGAAACGCGAACAGGAAUUGGCACGGGUGAACAUUGCCUUGGAAAAGUCUAGAAAAAGGGCUCGAGAACAAGCACACCCAAUUUAGGAUAGACAUCGGGCCCUAGCCUAAGAUUGUCACUUUCCAUAGCAAUGCUCAUCCGUUCCCUGAAUACGAUGGAAGAUGAAUUUAGGAUUUGUUUUCCUAAAAAUUUGCAUUAUA